AAAUUUGCCUGAUCUACUUAGCCACCACCUCUCCUUUCCCACUCCCCUACUACUCUUAGUUGACCGACUUCACUUCUCUUACCAACUCUUCUCUCCCUCCUUUAUAUAAUUUCCCCAUCUUCUUCAACUUCUCUCACAAUUACACAAUACCAACAAUUACAACACAACACAACUUUCUCACUCUUCUCUCCACUUAUUCCUCAACCAAAACCAACUUCCUCUACAAGACUACAAUACAACAACCUUCUUAACAUGGCUCUUGAAGCACUAAACUCAUCCACACCACCCUUAAACACAGAUGAAAACAUGCUCAUGACGAAGAAAAAACGAUCAAAGCGACCUCGCCUCGACUCAUCCCCGCCUUCCGAGGAGGAGUACCUCGCCUUAUGCUUAGUCAUGCUCGCUCGAGGCGGAAGCGGAAGCGGUUGCGACGUCGAAACACAAUCCUUAAAGCCAAACCCACCACCGAUCAUCACAACAUACAAGUGCGGCGUUUGCGAUAAAGAGUUUUCCUCUUACCAGGCUCUAGGAGGUCAUAAGGCCAGCCACCGUAAACCAUCUGUAGUAGUAGACGGAUUAACAGCCGCAACUGCAAGCGUAACCGCAACAUCAUCAUCCUCCACCUCUACUGGCGGAGCUAAAACUCACGUCUGCUCAAUCUGCCAUAAGUCUUUCCCUAGUGGCCAGGCCUUAGGCGGUCACAAGCGGUGCCACUAUGAAGGCGGAACUAAUCAUAAUAAUAACAAUAAUAAUCAUAAGAGUAUUUGCGCCGCUGCUAAUUCUGCUGCAUCUGACGGCGCCGUCGCAACGUCAACUAUCACAAAUAGUCGGCUGGAUUUCGACUUGAAUUUGCCGGCGUUACCUGAUAGUUUGACCGUUGACUUUGAUGGAGUUAAGAAGAUUAAUCAAACUCCAUUUGAACAAGAAGUUGAAAGCCCACAUCCAUCGAAGAAACCUCGCCCGUUUAGUCUUGAUUAUUGAUUCAUUAUUAUUGGUUGAUUGAUUUAUGUAGUUUAUUAGAGUUAAAUACAUAUUCAUCUUUUUUUUUUAAUUGGGUAGUUUUGUAUAUAUAUAGAGUUUGAUUCUUGCAAUUAUUAUUAUUACUGUUAAAAAUUAUUGUUGGGUGAGAUAUUAUUAUUGUUAUUGAAUAAAAAAUAGAAAAAUAUUUUGAUUAA